CGCGGCGGCCCGGACAGCGCGCGCCGCCUCGCGCUUGUCCUCCGUCCGCCCCCGUCGGCCGGGCCCAGGCGCCCCACUCGGGCCGGCCGGCUCGCGGGCUCGCUCGCCCCGCCCUCCAGCCCCCCUGCCCCCCGCGCCGCAGCUGGGCGCUUGCGCGGGGCGCGUGGCUGCGGCCGGGGUCUCCGCAGCCGCCGGUGCCGCCGUCGCUGCAGACGCCUCAGUCAGUCAGUCGGUCCCCAGCAAUGGCGGAAGGAGGUGAGCGAGAGGAGCUGCUCUCGCCGCCGCCGGUCUCCCCGGCCAAGCGCCUGUGCUCGUGGCCCAGCCCGCAGGCUCAGCACCCUCGCGGGUCGCCGGGGGCGGCGGGCGGCGGGGCGGGGGGCGGCGGCGGCAGCUGCCUGCCCCCGGGGGCCCGCCCCCACCUGCAGCCGGAGUCCUUGCUGGACUGCGCCGCCAAGACGGUGGCGGAAAAGUGGGCGUACGAGCGGGUGGAGGAGCGCUUCGAGCGGAUCCCGGAGCCCGUGCAGCGCCGCAUCGUCUACUGGUCCUUCCCGCGGAAUGAGCGGGAGAUCUGCAUGUACUCCAGCUUCCAGUACCGCGGCGGCCCUGGCGCCGGCGCGGCGGGCGGCGCCGCGGGGGCUCUGCCGGCCGAGGAGGGGCCGCCGCCGCCGCCCCCCGGGGCCGCCGCUCCGGCCGGCUCCGCCCCCGGGGCCGCCGCGGCGGGGGCGUCCCCCGGGCUGGGCGCCGGGGCUGGAGCGGCCGGCGGCGGGGGCGGCGAGGGGCUCCCGUUCCGCCGGGGCAUCCGUCUGCUGGACAGCGGCUCCGUGGAGAAUGUGCUGCAAGUCGGCUUCCAUCUCAGCGGCACAGUAACUGAGCCGGCCACUGCUUCUGAACCAGCAGUGACUUACAAAGUUACCAUCAGUUUUGAUCGAUGCAAAAUCACUUCGGUGACAUGUGGCUGUGGGAACAAAGACAUCUUCUACUGUGCUCACGUGGUGGCGCUCUCGCUCUACAGAAUCCGUAAACCAGACCAAGUCAAGUUGCGUCUUCCCAUCUCGGAAACCCUUUUCCAGAUGAAUAGGGACCAGCUACAAAAGUUUAUUCAGUAUUUAAUCACGGCACACCACACUGAAGUUCUUCCUACUGCACAGAAACUGGCAGAUGAGAUUCUGUCCUCCAACUCCGAAAUCAACCAAGUCAACGGUGCCCCUGACCCCACAGCUGGGGCCAGCAUUGAUGAUGAGAACUGCUGGCAUUUGGAUGAAGAGCAAGUGAAAGAACAAGUGAAGCUCUUUCUCUCCCAAGGUGGUCACUAUGGCUCUGGAAAGCAGCUCAAUUCAAUGUUUGCCAAGGUUCGAGAGAUGCUGCGGAUGAGAGAUUCCAAUGGAGCCAGGAUGCUGACGCUAAUAACUGAGCAGUUUAUGGCCGACCCACGACUCACACUCUGGAGGCAGCAAGGAACAAGCAUGACAGAUAAGUGCAGGCAGCUCUGGGAUGAGCUAGGGGCCUUAUGGGUGUGCAUUAUUUUAAACCCACAUUGCAAAUUGGAGGAGAAGUCUUGUUGGCUGCAGCAACUGCAGAAGUGGAGUGACCUGGACGUCUGUCCCCUGGAGGAUGGGAACUACGGGCACGAGCUGCCCAGCAUCACCAACGCGCUUCCCCAGAAUGCCGGUCACAGCUCAGAUUCUUUAUCCAGACCAAGACGGACAGUGUUCACUAGAGCCAUUGAGGGCCGUGAAUUGCAUUGGCAGGACAGCCACUUACAGCGAAUAAUUAGCAGUGAUAUAUAUAGAGCUCCUGCCUGCCAGCAGGAGAGUGAAAGACUACUCUUUAAUUCCCAAGGCCAGCCCCUGUGGCUUGAGCAUGUGCCUACAGCCUGUGCUCGGGUUGAUGCCCUGCGUUCCCACGGUUACCCAAAAGAGGCUCUCAGACUCACAGUGGCCAUUAUCAAUACUCUGCGGUUGCAGCAGCAGCGACAGCUGGAAAUCUACAAGCAUCAGAAGAAAGAACUGUUGCAGAGAGGAACCACAACCAUCACAAACCUGGAAGGCUGGGUGGGCCACCCACUGGAUCCCAUCGGCUGCCUGUUUCUCACUUUGACGGAGGCCUGCCGCCUGAAUGAUGAUGGUUAUCUGGAAGUGUCAGAUAUGAAUGAAAGCAGACCCCCUGUGUACCAGCAUGUGCCUGUGGCUGCAGGCAGCCCAAAUGGCAGUGAGUCCUACCUGUCCUUGGCCCUGGAAGUUGCUCUAAUGGGGAUGGGUCAACAGAGGGUGAUGCCCGAAGGCCUCUAUGCACAGGACAAGGUGUGCCGCAAUGAGGAGCAGCUCCUGAGUCGACUUCAAGAGCUGCAUCUGGAUGAUGAGCUCGUGCAAACACUGCAGAAACAGUGCAUCUUACUACUGGAAGGAGGCCCCUUCAGUGGUCUGGGAGAAGUCGUCCACCGAGAGAGUGUUCCCAUGCAUACUUUUGCCAAGUAUUUGUUCUCAGCUCUGCUUCCUCACGAUCCAGACCUGUCCUACAAAUUAGCCUUACGUGCCAUGAGGUUACCUGUUCUAGAAAACUCAACUUCUGCAGGCGACACUUCCCACCCUCACCAUAUGGUAUCUGUGGUGCCCAGCCGUUACCCUCGCUGGUUCACGCUUGGACACUUGGAAUCCCAGCAGUGUGAACUGGCCUCCACCAUGCUGACUGCUGCCAAAGGGGACACUCUGAGGCUCCGAACAAUCCUGGAAGCAAUACAGAAGCACAUCCAUUCUUCCUCCCUCAUCUUCAAACUGGCCCAAGAUGCAUUCAAGAUUGCUACGCCCACGGACAGUAGUACAGACAGUACCCUGCUCAACGUGGCCCUGGAGCUGGGGUUACAGGUGGUGAGGAUGACUUUAUCAACCCUUAACUGGAGGCGCCGGGAGAUGGUGCGGUGGUUGGUGACGUGUGCUACGGAAGUGGGUGUGCGGGCCCUGGUGAGCAUCUUGCAGAGCUGGUACACCCUCUUCACCCCCACGGAGGCGACCAGCAUCGUGGCUGCCACGGCCGUAUCCCACACCACUCUCCUGCGCCUCAGUCUUGACUACCCACAGCGGGAGGAGCUGGCCAGCUGCGCCCGCACUCUGGCCCUGCAGUGCGCCAUGAAGGACCCGCAGAGCUGUGCCCUGUCCGCCCUCACCCUCUGUGAGAAAGACCACAUCGCCUUCGAAGCAGCCUACCAGAUCGCCAUUGAUGCCGCCGCCGGGGGCAUGACGCACUCGCAGCUGUUCACCAUCGCCCGCUACAUGGAGCUCCGCGGCUACCCGCUGCGUGCCUUCAAGCUGGCCUCCCUGGCCAUGAGCCACCUCAACCUGGCCUACAACCAGGAUACCCACCCAGCCAUCAACGAUGUGCUCUGGGCCUGUGCCCUCAGCCACUCCCUGGGCAAGAACGAGCUGGCAGCCCUGAUCCCCCUGGUGGUGAAGAGCGUGCACUGUGCCACAGUGCUGUCAGACAUCCUGCGGCGCUGCACGGUGACGGCGCCCGGCCUGGCCGGCAUCCCGGGCCGCCGCAGCUCGGGGAAGCUCAUGUCCACCGACAAAGCUCCCCUGCGCCAGCUGCUGGAUGCCACCAUCAAUGCCUACAUCAACACCACGCACUCGCGCCUGACGCACAUCAGCCCUCGGCACUACGGGGAGUUCAUCGAGUUUCUGAGCAAGGCCCGGGAGACCUUCCUGCUGCCCCAGGACGGCCACCUGCAGUUUGCCCAGUUCAUCGACAACCUCAAACAGAUCUACAAAGGCAAGAAGAAGCUGAUGCUGCUGGUGCGAGAGCGCUUUGGCUGAGAGAGCAGGCGGCUCCCGGCCGGGCAGCCUGGGCUCCCAGGUGCCAUCAGGUCAGGCCAAGGACACAAACAUUUGUCCACCCUGAGAGGACUCUGAGCACCUGUGGCUGAAGCCAAAGGACCACAGGGCUACCCAUGGGGAGAGUCCAGCUCUAGCCAACAUGCCCGCCUUGGCAGUGUUCUCACAACAGCCCACUGUUCCUGGAGGAGCUGGGCCCUGCAGACCGAUCAGAAACCCCACAACGUGCCACCUCACACCCCGCAUCCUGUGUGUCCCGGGCAUUGGCCCUCUCUCCCUUGGCAAACACAGAACCGCUGUUCCGUCUCAGGGAUUGCUUAACCAGAGAAACAGAAGCAUUUAUGAUACUGUAAAUACGAUCGUGUAUGUGUUGCCAAUGACGUUGUAAAGUUGUAACUAUUUAUAACUCGGGUUCUAAUUUGAUGGGUACUUGAAGUAGCUGUGGGUGGGAAGAGGGGCCUGUUUUCUGAGGAGACUCACCACCAUUUCUCAGGUUCCCCUUGCAGAGUACAUGCUGUUGGCCAUGGGAGAGCGGGGGCGGGGAGGAAGCCGGCCAGUUAGAGUCGGUCCGAGGCUAGUCUAUGCAGAAACCCCGGCUUGCGGGGGGGCGUCUGUAGCCCGGGGAAGGGUGAGGGGCAGGGCCCAGGCUGGGCUUUGGCUCUCACGCCUGCUGCGCGCCCGGGGACCACGGGGGACCACGGGCCGGGCGGAGGCGGGGGUCCGGGAGGCCGCGGAGCUGGAACGGCUCCUCCGCCCUGGCCGCCUGUGUGUCGGAGUGUCUGGUUUCAUGGCUGCGUGCGGGUGUGCGUGUGUGCGCGGGUCUGUGUGGGCAGGCGUGUGUGUCUCUGUGCACAGAUACAUCCGCGCCCGUGUGCGCGCACCUGCGUCCCUGUGAAGACCUGUGUGCUGGGCGGUGGGUUCUUUGUGAGGGAGACGCGUUGUGACCACAGAAGACUCUGUGUGUGUGUGUGUGUGUGUGUGUGUGUGUGUGUGAUGUCUGUCGAUGCAUCGUGAGUGUGUACCAUGAGUGCACGUGUAUAGGUGUGUCUGUGUGUGUCUUUCUCUGCAUGUCCACCGUCGCUGCGUCUGUGCAUUCGUACUCGAGGCGCUGCAUGAGGUGCCCCUUCUCCUGCCGGCGGCGCCUCCCCGGCCCUCUCCUCCUCUGCCCAGCUCGGCGCCUCCUGUCUUCACCGGCUGGCCAAACCAGCUUCUAAACCCUGGUCUCGCUCUGCCCCGAGCGGCUCCUCCAGCGCCACGUUUCUCUUCCCACCCUGUGCUUGCUUUUGCCUCCCCUGCCGCCUUCUACCUCAAGCUUCCUCUGCCUGCUUUUGUCACAGUCCCGUGGGUCGCUGACUUGGAGGCUGCCGCUGGAUGGCGUGUGGCCUCUCCCUCUCCGACUCGUUUGCAGCCCGAGGGGCAGCUGGUCCUAGCCCCGGCUGACUUCCACGGUGUAUCACCUUCCUGCUCCCUUCUCGGCCCCUCUGCCCCACCUGGACGUGUCGUAGGAGGCCUCGAGGGCGUUCCCAAGAGUCGUCUAGAUGCCAGUGUCUUGGUGUUUGCUGUUUUCAUGUUUUAGUUCCCCGCGUAGGGUGGGUUGCCAUAGGAAGGGGUGUGUAGCUAGAGUGUGAACUAAGGGCCUCUGUCUGCUUCCUUUUCCUUUCUCUGACAAACUGUGUCACUUUUUUUUUUUCCCUCCACACUAACGGAUAAGUUGUAUUUGCUGUUUGUGGCUACUGAAGUCUUACUGUCCAGCCGUGGGCCCUACAACCUCUCAGCCCAAUAGGUUGGUUUAAAAAAAAAAAAAAAAAAGACGCCACGCCCAUUUCUGUAUCACAAUUGCUGUUUUUUAGCAAGUGUGUGAACUCACAGUGCUUUUCUAUGAAUAAAUCAUGGAUCACAGAAAAGAUCAUUUUCCUAAAA